AUGUCAGACCAGUCCCUCGUCGAAGCCUUGCGGCCCUACAGCGCGUGUGAUAUCGCCGAUGCGCUGGUCAAACUAAAUGUCCCGGAUGGAGGCUUUCUCUCUGGCUUGGCCAUGUGGUCGCCCGAGUUCAAGGCGGGAGCCACAAAGAUAAUAGGUCCAGCGUAUACGGUUCAGUACGUACGGCACACUUCGGUGAGCGCGGAGAAGCAAGAAGAGCAUUAUAUCGAUAAUGUCCCCGCAGGGGCGGUGAUAUUCAUAUCUUCUCCGCCUCAUGUUGUCAACUCCGUUUACGGCGGUUUGAUGACGGCUCGCGCCAAAUCAUGCGGUGCGGCUGGUACAGUCGUGGAUGGAAGAAUCCGAGAUCUCCAGGAGCAUCGGGACCAAACCUAUCCGGUCUUUGCGCGGGACACAGGCACAACCGCAUAUUAUCAGGCUUUGCGCCUCGGAACCGUUGGUGCGCCUGUCCGUCUUCAGGGCCUGGAUCAGAACAUUGUCGUGAAUCCUGGUGACAUGAUAUUUGGCGACCUUGAUGGGGUGAUAUGCAUACCAAGGGAUUUGGUUCAGGCCGCGUUACAGAUCCUUCCAGCUCAGAGGGCGGCUGACGAAAAGAUUAGAAGAGACAUUGACGAGGGUGCAAAGUUUUGCGACUCGUCAGCUAGGCACCGGGGCUGA